AUGCCUUUCAAACCGGUAGAUCAUCCAAAAUGUCCCAAAUGCGGUAAAUCCGUAUACGCGGCAGAAGAAAGAGUUGCAGGAGGAUUAAAAUGGCACAAAAUGUGUUUCAAAUGCGGAAUGUGCAACAAAUUAUUGGAUUCGACAAAUUGUGCCGAACACGAGGGUGAAUUAUUUUGCAAAGUUUGUCACGCUAGAAAAUAUGGUCCUAAGGGUUACGGUUUCGGUGGUGGUGCCGGUUGUUUGAGUAUGGAUACCGGUGAACAAUUCAAAGGCGAAUCGGAUGGACGUAGAAGUGCAAGCGCCAUGAUGGAACCGAGAGCAAUUGCAAGAGCUCCUGAAGGAGAAGGUUGUCCCAGAUGUGGAGGAUAUGUUUAUAUGGCCGAGCAAAAAUUAGCUCGUGGAAGGAGUUGGCACGCGGAAUGUUUUAAAUGCGGGUCAUGUUCGAAACGACUCGAUUCCACCAAUUGUUGCGAAGGACCCGAUAAGGAUAUCUACUGCAAAGCUUGCUACGGUAAAAGAUUCGGUCCGAAAGGAUAUGGCUACGGACAAGGAGGAGGUGCUCUUCAAAGCGACGAUUACAUGAACGGUUACGCCCCUCGUACGACUGUUAUCGAUACGGCUGUAAUUAAGGCACCACCAGGUAAAGGUUGCCCAAGAUGCGGUGGUGUCGUAUAUGCUGCCGAACAAGUUUUAGCAAAAGGACGAGAAUGGCAUAAUAAAUGCUUCAAAUGUAGAGAUUGUUCAAAAACAUUGGAUUCGAUCAUUGCAUGCGAUGGACCCGACAGGGAUGUUUAUUGCAAAACAUGUUACGGUAAAAAAUUUGGUCCUCACGGAUAUGGUUUCGCUUGCGGUUCUGGAUUUUUACAAACUGAUGGUUUAACGGAAGAAGAAAUCCAAGCUAUGAAACCAUAUUACAAUCCUGAUACAACUUCAAUCCCGGCACCAAAAGGUCAGGGUUGUCCUAGAUGUGGUGGAGCCGUAUUUGCAGCCGAACAACAACUUGCUAAAGGAACUAUGUGGCAUAAAAAAUGCUUCAAUUGCGCCGAUUGUCAUCGACCAUUAGAUUCGGUUCUCGCUUGUGAUGGCCCAGAUCGUGAAGUUUAUUGUAAGGCUUGCUAUGCUAAAAAAUAUGGACCAAAAGGAUUCGGUUACGGUCACACACCCACUUUAGUAUCAACCGAAGGAGAAUCAACCAUUUGCUAUCCAGAAUCAAAACCGAAAACUGGUUUUCGAGGUAAUCAACCUAACUGUUGUCCAAGAUGUGGUUUUGUAGUUUAUGCAGCCGAACAAAUGAUCAGUAAAAACAGGGUUUGGCACAGAAUGUGUUUCGUUUGUGCCGAUUGCAGAAAAUCAUUAGAUUCGACCAAUUUAAACGAUGGACCAGAUGGUGAAAUUUAUUGCCGAAGUUGUUACGGUAGAAAUUUCGGACCGAAGGGAGUCGGAUUCGGUAUGGGAGCGGGAACUUUAUCAAUGGCUUAA